UAGUGAUACAGGCGCGAGUCGACGCUCGAGCCGACCGAGUGCGCUUUCCAGUUCGCGUUCCCGAGCCACGAGCAGCUGGUGUGCAGCGUGGCGGCCGCUUUUGCCACUCGUUUUACUCCAAUAAUUUGGCUUCACUAACCUAACGUAUCCCGAAUAAUAUGACGUAAAGCUGACGUGACUACGUGUAAUCGCCCGCACCGCUGUGUUUGUUGUGUUGUGAUACGAAGAAGUGCGCGGUUUAGGAAAUCUCGGCUGGUUAAAAUAACAGUUACUUUUUAAAAAGGAUAAGCCAACACUAGACCAAGAUGGCGGUGUUUGGACUGGCGUCGGCGGUAGCGGGCUUUGUCAAAGUCCGCUAUCUGAUCGACAAGGCUGUUAUCGACAACAUGGUUUUCCGGAUGCACUACAGAAUCACUUCUGCUAUCAUGUUCCUGUGUUGUAUACUCGUUACUGCUAAUAACCUUAUUGGUGAUCCGAUCUCAUGCAUCAGCGACGGCGCUGUUCCAGGGCAUAUCCUGAACACGUACUGCUGGAUUACUUACACAUUCACUCUGCCCUUCAGUGGCCACAAAGGUGUUGCACAUCCCGGCCUUGGCAACGAUUAUGACGAAGAGAAACGUCACCAUUCCUACUAUCAGUGGGUGCCUUUUAUGCUCUUCUUCCAGGGUCUCCUGUUCUACAUCCCUCACUGGAUCUGGAAGAACUGGGAAGAAGGCAAAGUCCGCAUGAUAUCCGAUGGCAUGCGUGGAACAACUGCCAUCAUUGCUGACGACAAGACGAACCGUCAGAACCGCUUGGUCCAGUACCUUCUCGACACGCUUCACAUGCAUAACACCUACUCUUUCGGGUACUUCUUCUGUGAAUUUCUGAACUUCGUCAAUGUGGUUGGCAACAUUUUCUUCCUGGACACGUUCCUUGGCGGGGCUUUCUUGUCUUAUGGAACUGAUGUAGUGAGAUUCUCUAACAUGAAUCAGGAACAACGUACAGAUCCUAUGAUUGAGGUGUUCCCCAGAAUAACGAAAUGUACAUUCCACAAAUACGGAGCUUCUGGAACGAUCCAGAAACACGAUGCCCUCUGCGUCCUCGCUCUAAAUAUCCUUAACGAGAAGAUAUUCAUCUUUCUCUGGUUCUGGUUCAUCAUCCUCUCCAUUGUCUCUGGUUUGGCUCUCGUUUACUCGGCAGCCGUCAUCCUCUUGCCGAGCACCCGCGAGACUAUCCUCAAGCGUCGAUUCCGUUUUGGAUCCCCCAAUGGCGUGGAAGCACUUGUUAGAAAGACCCAGGUCGGUGACUUCCUCCUCCUUCAUCUGCUCGGACAGAACAUCUCGCUUCGUGUGUUCGGCGAAGUUCUAGACGAGUUAGGACGCCGCCUACAUCUUGGAUCUAACGCACCAUCGGCGCCUUCUACUCUAGAAAUGGCGCCAAUUUACCCUGACAUCGACAAGUUCUCCAAGGAAACGGAGACGUAAGCAACCAGAUCUCUAAGGCCUGAAUUCCUUCUAGGCUAAUAUCAGUCGCGUACAUUGGGUGCUAGAGGCAUAACGCACAACAGAGUUCCUGCGGUAGUGAGGCGGGAGGGGUGUGAUGUCGUGACGCGAGAGCUCAGUGAUUCGUCAACUUGUGACAACUAUCACCCUCCCGCACCGCUGCACAACCGCAGUAGCCUCCUCAGUUAUGCACUAUACCCAUAGUAAGCACCAAAUUACAACACUGGCAAUACUGACAGCAUCCCAAUGCGCGCAACCGAUGUACGCGACUGACAAGUCACGUGUGACGAUUUUCAGUGGAAUUCAAGCCUAAGAAACAAGCAAUACAUCCUCUAGAAAUAAAUAACGAUAUUUAAAUGGACUCUGGUUCUAGCACAGUUUUUGAGAGUUCCUCGUAUUUUUAAGAAAGUCUUGUAUCCUCGAAUGAUAUACUUCUCAAUUCCUGUGUUCGAGCCGUGUUUUUUCAUUCAGGCAGGGGAUAUUGUUGCUUAAAAAUAGUACAUUUAUCGCAUUGACUAUAUUGAUAUAUUUCAAUACACGAAUUUCGAAAGUUCAUGACAUUCCUUAUAUUUACUGUAGGCAAUUUUGUUACUCACACAAAAAGCCGCGAUUGCCUUGCUAAAUGAAGCCUGAGCUUUAAACGAUAAGGUCUCAAUAAUUUAAGACAUUUUUUGAUAAACUAACAUUAGUUAAAAGGUUUGUGUUAGGAAAUUUUUAUGGAUGUGAUGAAUUUGAAAUGUUACAUGGAAUGAAUUGUUGUUGCUGAAGAUUGUUUGUGGAAGGUAUAAUUGGUUUAAACAAGACGUUGAAAGAUGGAUACUACAGUGCUUAGUCAAUUUUAAAAUGUAUAACGAAUAGUAACAUAAAGUAUACGAAAGUUCCAUAUGCAUUUUAAUUAUUAAAUAUCUUGUGAUAAGUCAAUUGGAAUCGCAACGUUUUUGAAUGGCAAUACAUAUCAUAAGCUCAAAUUUUUCCAUGUGUAAAAUUAUUUUUGUAUGUAACAAAAUGCAGUUAGUGAUAAAACGUUCGAAUAUACAUAUACAUUUGCUAGAUAUUAUAUUUCCUAUGAUAAAAAAGACAAGAAAAAUAUUUUGAAGGCAUUAUUAAAGUACAAACGGUUUCUAAUGUAUAGACAAGUAACAGUUUGACUUGCCUUUGAAGAUUUUUUUUUAUAGUGUAGUAUUAGGAUAAGAAAUUUGGUGCAAAAGACAAGGUGUUUAUUCUCUAGAAGAUAUUAUUAUACUCAAGUAAUUUACUCAAAAUAUUGUGCCAUUUAACAGGUAUUUUUGGAAUUGUAACACCAGAAUUGCAUUUUUAUAGAAAAUGUCGCCAAUUUGUUGAUUUUAUCAUUCCAUAGUAAAUUGUAUGUCUCCUAUGUAAUUUGUAAAGAUAUAGUGUACAUUUAAGUGGUUAUUAAAGUCAAUUUAGCCAUAUUCAUUAAGGUAAUGAUUUAAGAUCUAAUAAUACUGCUGGACUUGCGCGAAUCUCGAUUGCAGCAUCUUCCAAUAGUAGCAUAAUAGGCCCCAGUACAUUUAUAAAUUUUAUUGUAAUUUUUGGACUAAGUAUUAUUACUGUACUAGUAUAAAAAUGUUCUUGAAUAACUAUUACACUAUGCGUACCCAAUGCAACAUUUGCAUAGAUCUAUUAUUUGCCUAGUUUUAUUAUAAUGUCUCUACGUAUUUACUUGUAUGUUUAACUCUAUUUACACAUCUAUUUUCUGUAAACACGAUAUUAUUUUACACAUGUACCAAUGAAAUCAUUCAUCAAUCCUAUAGUAUGUGUACCAAUAUUGGGCGGACUGUUCUUUUGAUGAUUAUAUUUGAAUAGUUUUCAUUGUAAUUUUUGGUUACAUUAUUCAAAA